AUGGCACCCAGCGAACUGCAUGACGUUGUUUGGACCAAGGCGAAGCCACCAGAUACCCUCAGUAGAUCCCGCCUCGAUGGCGUUAACAUCGCUAUGCUCACGCUUACUUCUCUUAUCUUUGCUAUCCGCUUCAUUCUUCGGAUCAUCGCGAAAAAGGCAAGAGAGUUACAGGAUCUCUUGAGUUACAUGGCGUACGUAUGCUAUGUGCUCAUGAUAGUUAUGUACAUGGAGGAAAACGAUCCUUUGUAUCGUGCUGAGAGUGUUCUGAGAGGGGAAAGACCAAUGUACGAGGGACUUUUUAUGUUUCUUCCGUUCCGAAUAACCUGGAACCUUCGUCUGCCCAGAAUUCAGAAGACUGCUAUUUUCGUGCUUUUCGGCAGUGGUUGGAUAUGCAUUCUGUUCGCAACUCUGCGUGUUGUCCAAGUCAGUACAAACAACGGCACCCCAAAGAUACCAGAUCCAAAGUGGCUACAGAUGUGGACCAUUAUCGAGACGUCAAUGGCCGUUAUGAUUGGGUGUGGUCCCGCUUACAAUGCGCUUUGCCCCCGAUGUCGUGCUCAGAAUGCACAAAGACGCCCAAUUAGCCUGGAAGAUAUUAAAGAGCCUGAUUUAGCGACUAGGUCUGAUGGAGAAACUAGUCAAAUAUGA